UCCGGCGCCACUUCCUGAGCGUCGGCGGCGGCGAUGGCGCCGCGCGUGUGUCGGCGCCGCACCCUGGAACGGUGCCUGGACCAGCUGGCUCAGGCCACCGACCGGCCCGAGUGUUUCCUCACGAUUCAAGAUGAUCUGGCAUCCCGCUUCACCUCUUUAACCAAGGUGCUCUAUGAUUUCAACAAAGUCCUGGAGAAGGACCAGAUCCACGGCAGCCCUUUGCAGAAGCUGGUGGUCGCCAAUUUUGACGAUGAGCAGAUUUGGCAGCAGCUGGAGUUGCAGAACCAGCCGAUCCUGCAGUACCUGGAAGAUGUCGUCAGGGCAACCAUUGAUGACGAUGACCUCAGUCUCCUCCCUGAGGACGAUGAGCAGGAGUGCCGAGAAGAUGGCUCUGAGAUGGAGGCCAAUGGGCCAGAGGACUCAGAACCAGGUUCGGAAGAGGAAGAGGAGGAGGAGCAUGAGGAAUUGUCGGGCCUGCUCGGUGAGGAGCCCCGAGGGGCCAAGAAGGCCAAUAGAUUGGACCUAGGGGCGGAUCCAGACUUCAGUGAUGAGGAUUCUGAUCUCGACUUUGAUAUCAGCAAGUUGGAACAACAGAACCAGGUGGCCAGGAAGGUGCCUGGGAAGACCCUGGAGAAGUCCGUCGUGGAUGACAAGUUCUUCCGACUGGCCGAGAUGGAAGCCUUUUUAGAGAAGAUGGAAAAGCAGGAGGAGCAAGGAGAGGAGGAGGGGGACGAUGAUGAGGUUGAUCUUUUUGAAGAUAUGGAUUCUGAUGAAGAUGAAGGUCUGUUAGGAAGUCAGAGUCUUAAGUCAAGGAAAAGUUCCAGAAAUCUGAAAUACAAAGAUUUCUUCGAUCCAGUUGACAGUGAAGACAACCCAGCAGCUGUCCGUGGAGAGGAGCAGGGUUCGGAUGAGGAGGAAGACAGAACUGAAGAGGGAGAAGAUACAAGUUCAGAACCAGUUGAAGAUGUUGACCUGGAGGGGAGCAACAGUGAUCAACCACGCAGAGCCAGCUCAAAAAGAGUCACAUUCGCUCUGCCCAAGGAGGAGGAGGAGGAGGAGGAGGAGGAGGAUGAGGAUGAAGAGGAGGAGAUGGAGACAGAAAUGGAGACGGAAGGCUUGGGCACCCUCAAGGGCGAGAAGGAUGGCGAUGAAGUGAAAUCCUCUUUUGAAAAAAGACAGGAAAAGAUGAACGAGAAGAUCGCGUCUCUGGAGAAAGAGCUGUUGGAGAAGAAGCCCUGGCAGCUGCAGGGGGAAGUGACAGCUCAGAAGCGCCCAGAGAACAGCCUCCUGGAGGAGACGCUGCACUUCGACCACGCAGUCCGCAUGGCGCCGGUGAUCACGGAGGACACAACGCUGCAGCUGGAGGAUCUUAUCAAGCAGCGGAUCCGGGACCAGGCCUGGGACGAUGUAGUCCGGAAAGAGAGGCCAAAGGAGGACGCGUUCGAAUACAAAAAGCGUCUGACCUUGGACCACGAGAAGAGCAAGCUGAGCCUGGCUGAGAUCUAUGAGCAGGAGUACAUCAAGCUCAACCAGCAAAAAGCAGCAGAGGAGGAGAACCCUGAGCAUGCAGAGAUCCAGAAGCUGAUGGACGCCCUCUUCCUGAAGCUGGACGCCCUCUCUAACUUCCACUUCAUUCCCAAGCCGCCUGUCCCUGAGAUUAAGGUUGUGUCCAACUUGCCGGCCAUCACCAUGGAGGAGGUGGCACCCGUGAGCGUGAGCGAUGCCACCCUGCUGGCACCUGAGGAGGUCAAGGAAAAGAAUAAAGCCGGAGACAUCAAAACAGCCUCGGAGAAAACCGCCACAGACAGGAAACGCGAGCGGCGGAAGAAGAAGCUGCAGAAGCGCCUGCGGCUGAGGGAGAAGGAGAAGCGCAGGAAAGCGCUGGAGAAGACGAAGCCGGAGCAGGCGGCCAGGCUGACCAAGGCGGCGGCCGCCAACAAGCUCCAGCAACUGACCAAGACCGGCAAGGCAGCGCUGCUGAAGGAUGAAGGAAAAGACAAAGCCCUCAAGUCGUCUCAAGCUUUCUUUUCCAAGUUACAAGAUCAAGUGAAAAUGCAAAUCAGCGACGCCAAGAAGACAGAAAAGAAGAAGAAACGACAAGACAUUUCAGUCCAGAAGCUGAAACUGUGAUAUCCAGGCUUCAGCGAGAGCACAUGGCCAUGUAGCUGGCAUUGGUGUUUUCUAAUAAAACUUGGGUUUUUUUUUUUUUUUUUCCUAAUUUUGGGUCUACAAGUGGCUCUGCACUCAGGGAUCACUGCUGGUGGGGUUUGAGGGACCCUCUGCAGCUGUUCAAGCUGCACCUACCUUGACAAGCGCCUUAAUCCCUGCACUGUCUUUCUGGCCCUUGGAGACCCUCUCUUGGAUUGGGUUCCACAGCGUUCGAGGACAGACAGUCCCUUCGGAAAGUCCUGUCAGCUUUCUUGGGGAGGGGAGAGGUGAGACCCGGUUCCCGUGACCCUUUCCACAUGGUAUUUAGGGCCAGGCCCCAGCUGCCUGCAGCAUCCUGACCAUCACCCUUCCAUCACCCUGUCCCUCAUUCCCAGGACCGCGGGGUCUGUGUGCACACACACAAGCCAUCCUCUCGGCGUGGGAAUCAAUCAUACUGCCUGAGCAAAGGCCUCACCUGGGCUCAGCUGGGGUUCUUGUGGCCCCCUAUGGGCACACUGAAAGGGACAGACGUGCAAGGGGGCAACCAGAAGGAUGGGGUGGCUGCGGGGGGAGGAGGUGGGACUGGCAGAGCAGGCCUUUCUGACCCUUCUCGCCCCUGCCUAGCAGCACAGUCUGUGGUCCAGCAGCUAAAAGCCAUGAGCACUGUGGUGGUCAGUGGUCACAGUGGGAAGAUGGCCUGGCCUCGCACAUUUCAGACUGGGCUGAGGUGUGCAUGCCUUAGCCCCUCAUCUUGACCUGCCGAGAGGCUGUUGGUGGCGCCUGUGUGUGGACGAGAUGUCGCCACGGCAUGUCGUGGGAAACCAAGGACGGCACCGGUCCAGGUGCAGUGGGACCUGUUUCUGUCUGUAUAGGACAGACGCCCCUUGUGCAGACUGUUCACAUUGUUAUGUCAGGCCCUGGGCUCCUACUGACCUCAGUAAAAAUGGCACUUUACAGGGCUACUAUUUUGUGUGGGAGUGUUUGUUUUGUUUAUUUGAGGGGGCCUGUUUGUUUUCUUUGGGGGCCACACCGAGUGGUGUUCAGGGCUUACUUCUGCCGACGCUUAAGGGACCAUAUGGGAUGUAGGGGAUCAAACCUGGGUCUGCCACGUAGGAGGCAAGUACCCUCCCCACUGUGCUACUGCUCCAGCCCUUUCACUGAAUUUUUAUUUUUGUAAUGUCUUAAUUUUAAAAGUAUUAAAUUGUGGACUUGUCUAUUUUGA